GGUAACCCAAACUCGUGUGUGAGGGGGCAGGGCUUCCCGUUCGUGUAUAAAAUGAGUCGCCGGGGUGGAGGGGAUGUAGUGCAGCUGUUGAAGACACACACGUAAGUGACGAGACGUAUUUAAGAAAAGGAAGAUGGUCCGUGAGAUUAACAAUCAGGCUGACUUUGACAAGACGCUCAAGGAUGCCGGGCAGAAACUGGUGGUGAUAGACUUCACUGCCACAUGGUGUGGCCCCUGCAAGGCAAUCGCACCCAUCUUCCAGAAACUCUCUGAUGAUUACCAGAAUGUGGUCUUUCUGAAGGUCGACGUGGAUGAGGCACAGGAUGUGGCCAGCUCCUGCGGAGUAAGCUGCAUGCCGACAUUCCAGUUCUAUAAAAACGGAGUGAAGAUAGGUGAAUUUUCGGGGGCUGACAAAAAUAAGCUGGAGGAGAUGGUGAAGAAACAUAUGUGAAGAGCCUUCGUGAUGGUCAUGACGCAGCCCUCUUUUCUGCACCAAAUUCAUUUGCCUUCAGAACUAUUUGGUCUAAGAUGAGAAUAAACUUUUUUUUAACAGAG